AUGAAUAAUAAUCAAAAACCAACAGCUAAAAGAUCCCCAAGUAUAUUGGUUACUGAUGCUAGAUCACAUCAAGUUAAAGGUGCUAGAGCUCCAUUUGCUGGUCAAAAUUUUAGAAAACAACAACAAUUACAAGAACAACCAAGUUAUAACUUUUCACAACAGAUACAUCAACUGGCGUUACAAAAAAGACUAGCAUUUAGGAAAUAUAAUGAUGUUUCAGUUGAUCGAUUGUUAAGUAAUUCAAGUGAUAUACCAUCUGGUCAAUCUAGAUUACCACCAAGAUUAAGAAAAGAUGAAAAUUCUUCUCCACCUUUAUUACCAAAGAAUAAUAUAAGGAGUAUUCCAAAAUUAUCACAAUCAUUACCAUCUAGAACUUCAAAAACUUCACAUAAAUUAGUAUUGAUUCCUGAUGAUCAAAAAGAAGCUUCUCCGCCUCCUCCUUCGGAUCAAUUUCCACAAAGUGACCAAAUACAAAGGUCUCGAGCAGAAUUGAUGCCGAAGGAGGACAGGAAACAUCAGUUUUCUAGAAUGACGGCUUACUUUAUUUGUGAUCAGUUUAAUUUACCCUUAGUUGCAAAAUUUUUAAAAUCAAAUCAUGAAGUUAAGCCUAGAUUAUAUGAUGAAUCAUUAUAUGUACCAUAUGCAUUACCAUUAUUACCAGGAAACGAAGGUUUAAGAGUUAAAUCAAAUAAUUCUGCUAAAUUGAUUGCUAAAUCUAAAUAUAUGGAAAAAAUGAUUAAUAAAUCAGAACAAACAGAUCAUAAAUAUGAAUAUUAUUCAGGUGUUGAAACUCCAGAAGAUGCAAAUAAUUAUUCAAUGGAUCCUGAAUUUGAAAGUUUUGAUACUAAUGCACCUUUUGAUCCAUCAGAACCACAAUUUUUUGCUCCACCAAUUGAAGAAGGAAGUAAUAAUCAAGAGACAACAAAGGAACCUCCAAAAUUAGAAGAAUCAGAAUCUAUAUCAUCUACUCAAUCUGAUGUUUCUAAACAUCACGCAGAGAUGUUCAUCUUCCAAUAUGGAAUAAUUGUCUUUUGGAAUUUCGCUGAGCUCCACGAGAAGAAUAUAUUGGCUGAUUUAACAUUUGCAGAAGAUGAUUUAUUAAUUAAUCCUAUAGAUGAACAAGAUAUUGAAACCGAAGAAUUUCAUUUUGAAUAUGAUAAAAAUAUAGUAAGACCAAGGAUAUAUAAUGAUAUGAUUACAUUAAGAUCAGCCGAUCAUUUAAUUAAAUUAACUAUGAGUCAUGCAAUUGCUCAACUGACAAAAUUGGGAUUAUUUGAAAGUAGAAUGGUCAAUAUACUACAUUCAAUUAGUAAAUUACCAAAGAAAUUAGCAUUAACUGGACGAUUAGGACUAAAAAGGAAUCAAUUAUUAAAGAAAUCUGGUAAAUUAUUUAAAUUGAGAGUUGAUGUUAAUUUAUCAAGUAGUAUAUUAGAUACACCUGACUUUUUUUGGGAUUUUGAACCUGCUUUACAUCCAUUAUAUAAUGCUGUUCGAGAUUAUUUAGAAAUUGAUCAAAGAGUUCAAGUUUUAAAUGAUCGUGUUAAAGUAUUUUUAGAAUUUGUUGAUAUUGUAACCGAUUCAAUGAACGAAAAGAAUACAAAUAGAAUAACUUGGAUGAUUAUAGUAAUUAUAUUCCUUUCAUUAUUUGUUAGUUUAUUUGAAUUUAUAUUGGAAAUUUUGUAA